AUGUUUGCCUACUAUGCUCGCAUGAUGGGGGCUGAGGUAUCUGGUGACCUCUGGUACUUUGGAAAUGCUCUCUAUGAGUACAGCAAACUGCAUUUCGAAGGCAGCGUGAUUGUGGACAGUUCCCAUGUUAGUGGACACUACAUUGAUAGCAAUGGGCUUGCCAUUGAUGACACCUAUGUGUCUGGAUUGUUGCAUCCAGGAUGCUAUGCCUCAGCUGGAGCAGAAGUGUUUGGUCCAGAAAAUGGUCCAUGGAAAGUCUUUCUUAGAAGAGAAGAUGUGGGCACCAAGGUCACUGCUGCACUAGCCUAA